CACCAGUAUUCUAUUACUCUGGUGACACCCUUUAACAAGGCGUGAUAGGGAAACAGUCCCGUCCUUAACAAUAGAGUAGGCCAUGGUUACGCCCAAGUUUGUAAAAGCAGGUAAAAGUAGUGUUGUGGGCAUUGAGGAAUGCUUUUUUUGUUGCCUUUGUAUUAGAAUCAAAAGAUCUUGAAAAGAGAGAGCAUGAUCAAUAGGUAGUUUGUGGUAAUGUAUGAUGGAAAACAACACUGCUUUGAAAUACCUAAAUCCUGAUUGGUAUAAAACCCCAGAAGGAGAACUGAUUGUACAACAACUUUAUUGCCCAAACAACAACAAAAUUCUGAAACAUUUUGGAAUUCUAGAACAUCCAAGUAUUGCACCAGGAACCCAGGAAGUUGUAUUCAAAAUUGGAGUGCUGGGUAAAGCUGGAAGUGGGAAAACAAAAACCAUAUCUGUUUUGUCAGGAAAACCAACAGUUUUCCCUGGUUAUAUUGAAACUAUAGGAAUCCAUGUCAAAAAUAUUUAUUGGCCAGCACAAGUUCAAGCUAAAACUUGCUUGUUCAAAUUACAGUUUUGGGAAUCAGGGGAAUCCUGUUCAAAGAGAUACAACUAUAUUUCAACUGCAUGUCUGGAAAAAACUGAUGCAGUGGCCAUAGUCGUGAAUAGGGCUGAUAGAACAUCUUUGGACUAUGCAGAUAGUAAACUUGACUCUUUGACCCAUUCAGUUGUAAUACUGUUUGUAAUGGAUACUGAUCAAAAUGUUCAAAUUCAUGAUCAAGAACUAAGCCAGUAUGCUAGAAGAAGAAGGCUUCCGUUUUUUUACCUCCCACCUCACACUCUUGAUUUGAAAUAUUUAGCACCAUUUUAUAAUUCCUUGUGUGAUUUUGUGUUUUCAAAUCAACACAAGAUUAUUUCGGACUCUCUGUAGAUCAAGGUUAGGGGUUAAAUUUUUUGGGUCCACCAUUAAUAAAGGGAACAACUGACUUUUUUCUAUUCAUAUUCAAUGUACAUCACACACUUGAAUCCAAAGUAUUCUGGCUGCUUAAACUAGUAUUAAUUCUAUUUUACAUCAAAUGUAUCUCAAUUUUAUUGAAUGAGAAGUACACAUUUACAGAAGUGUCAA